AAGAAGAGGCCCAUUGCAGCGACGACGUCAACAAGUUCUGCGAGAGAGUCGGAAACAACGAAAUGUACUGCGUAUGCCACGAGCCCUACCAGGGAAGUGGACUUCCCGGCGAGAAGUGCACACCCAUCGACUACUGUGCCUUGCCGCAAUACAAGGACGUUUGCGGAAAGGUUGAGGGUGCCAUCAAGGUCGUUGAUGCUAUUGGGAAAACUUGCAAGUGCUCCUGCAAAUCUGGCUGCGUGCCGGUGUUCGACAAGAACUUUGCGGUGACUCAAUGCAAGGACAUUGACGAGUGCGCCGCCAACCCCCAGAUCUGCGCCAACGAGCAGUACACAGAGUGCAAGAACAAGCCGGACCUUUGUGGAGGCUACGAGUGUGUCUGCAAGGAGCACUACCGUCGCAGCGCCAAUGGCAAAUGCGAGCGCAUAGACUACUGCAAGGAGAACAAGGUUGACUGUGGCUCCAACGGAAAUUGCGAGCCGAACACUGGCUCAUGUAUCUGUAACCCAGGAUACCAAUGGGAUCAUAUCACCAAGGUUAGUCAUAUCUGGUUGUGGAUUCGGGCGCGUGGCGGCCCGCGUUACCUGUCACCCAGAAUUAUAUGGCGUGUACGAUUAGCAAUGCAGCGACAUCAACGAGUGCAACACGUGGCCGUGCCACGAGCACGAGUUCUGCCAGAACUACCAUUGGCAGCUUUGAGUGUGUCUGCGAGGGCGGUUUUCAUCAGAAAGACCGCCAACGGACCGUGCGAGGACGAGAACGAGAAUGAUACCUUUGGACCCGAAGAACCCGUGCCGGAACACUCAACAUGCGUCAACCUCAAGGGCGGUUUCCGAUGCCAGUGCGAGAAUGGGUACCUUCAGAAUGGAGAGUUCGACUGUGCGCAUAACUCCACCGUGUACACCAUCUACAACUGCACCUGCAACGACGGAUUCCGACUCAAUGGAGCGGAGUGCCAGAACAUCGAUGAGUGCAAGGAGAAGAAGCCGUGCCAUGUCAAUGCGACGUGUACGGAUCUGACGCCCGGCUACUCGUGCCAGUGCAAUAAACCGCUGAUUGGGGAUGGAGUGACGGAGUGUACAGUUCCCGACUUCUGCGACCCGAGCUACGGCUUCAUGGACUGCCCCACCGAUUCGAAAUGCGUACCUCUUUGGCCGGGUGUGACUACCGCUGACAACAAGACGCACUACGUCACCUGCAAGUGCACCUCCAGCGGACUCCGCUUCAACGAGACGACGAGAACUUGCCAAGACAUCGACGAGUGCAAAGGAGGACCCGGCCAACGUGUGCCCCAAGCAAGCCGUCUGCCAGAACACCAUCGGCGGCUACAGCUGCAAAUGCCCGGCCGGCUACAAGUGGGACCCCGACACGAACAAGUGCGACAACAUCAACGAGUGCUUGUGCCCGACCAAUGGCUGCUACGACAAGAACAAGUGCGGACUGACGACCGGACGUUGCCAAGACACCCGAUGGGUCCUGGGAUCUGCAUCUGCGAGAAGAACUUUGGACAUCCUAAAGGAUCCACUGACAAUCAGACCUGCGAGCGCAUCACCUACUGCGGCACUGAACUCGACGACUGCGACAAGAAAACCACCGACUGCAAGGAGACGAGCGACGGCUUUGUCUGUGCCUGCAAGUCUGGGCUUCACUACGUACCGAACACCAACAACAAGAAGUGCGAGGACAUCAACGAGUGCAUGGACGGCACGAACACGUGCGACGGACCGUUCCAACAGUGUACCAACACGUACGGAGGAUUCUACUGUAAUUGCACCAACGAUGUCGUUACCUCAUCGACUGUUGCCGGGAAGCUAAAAUGCGCUCCUACGGCGAACUGUUCGACACCAAUCGAUUGUGGACCAUACGGGUUUGCCAAGGAGGAGAACGGAAAGUGCGUCUGCAAAUGUAUGAACCGAUACGAGUGGAAUCUGCAAGAAAAGACGUGCAUCCCGGUCGGAACCUGUGAAGCCCUCGGAGAAUGCCCGCUCAAUUCGGUGUGCCGCUUGACGCAACGACAAAAUGAGACUCAAGACGGUUCUCCGAAUGCCUUGGGCACGUACGCGGCUUGUGUGUGCAACCCGGGCUAUGUGAUGAAGAACUUCCAGUGCCAUCAGAUCAGCAUCUGUGAGCAGCAGCCGACGAUUUGUGGGAAUGGCAAAUGCCUCCCCGACUCCGUCGAACCCUACAAGAAGUACACGUGCAGCUGCAACGACAACUCCAAGGCCGUCCAGACCCCAGAUGGCUGCGACCCGAACACCGGGGUCUGCUCUGUGGUUCAAUCGUCCGUGCGUUGUGACUGUAAGCCCGGAUACGAAGGUGUUGGAACCAUCGAGGCCCGUGCUUGCCGAUCAAAAUCUGCGAGCUCUACAACCCGUGCUCCAAAUUCGCGCACUGCACGGAAGCCAACGGCGUGGCCAAGUGCGAUUGUAACAAGGGAUACACCGGAAACGGAACCUGGUGCAAAGACGUCGACGGAGUGCGCCACCGGGCAGCACGACUGCUUCCCAGGAGGCCAGUGCACCAAUACCCAGGGCAGCUACCAAUGCAAGUGCCCCGAGGAGUACAAGGGUGAUGGAAAGACCUGCACACCCAUCAAAUACUGUGCCAACAAGAUCGACAAGUGUGACAGGAGUCGACUAACUGCCAGCUACAGCUGCAAGUGCAAGGCCGGCUUCCAGAAAAUUAUUGGCAGCAAGUAUCGCUGUGAAAACAUCAACGAGUGUGUGCCACAAAACCCGUGCCCGCUUCAUGCCGUCACCAAGCAGCCCUUCAAAUGUAUCGACUCGAUCGGCUCCUACUCGUGCCAGUGCAGCGAUGGAUACGUUAACAUCGAUGCUUUCCACUGCAAAGACAUCGACGAAUGCCUCCAAGACCCAUGCCUCGCCAACUCAGAGUGCGUCAACAAGGACGGAACCUUCGAGUGCUUGUGCGAUGAUGGCUAUAACAAGACCGAGACCGGCAAGGGACCACUUGAUUACCACUGCGAUAUCUUCCCCAUCUGCGAUAAACAGCCGGACAUCUGCGACCGCAAGACCAGCAAGUGCGAGAUGAUUCCGAACAAGCCUGCCUACACCUGCACCUGCCUGCCAGGAUACGCCAAAGCUGACGAGAAGGCACCAUGCAAAGACAUCAACGAAUGCGAGACCGACGAGAUCAAGAACCACCUCAACGGCCUCGGCAAGAACGUCACCUGCAAGAACAACGAUGGUGGCUACGAGCUGGAGUGCAAGACUGGAUACAAGACGGUUGAGUCCAAGGAAACCAAACUCCUUGUCUGCGGCCCGAUCAACGAGUGCGCCACCGAUCCGGCUUGGGCGAAGGCGCUCAAGGUCAUCGAGGAGUUCAAGCAAAAGGUCAUGAACAAACAACCGUUGACGAUGAACGACUUGGCCGGCGCUCUACCGAAAGCUGAAGUCCCAGACUCACCAUAUGCCAAGUGCCUUGCCACCCAGCGCUUCCCAAUGUGCGUCGACCUCGACUACGACUCUGGCUCCAACGCCCAGUUGUACGAGGAGGAGAGCCCCGACGAGUUGAAGGAGUUCAAGGGCUUCGGUUGUCGCUGUGCUGACGGUUCGGACCCGCAAAAGAACGGUGACUGGAUGGAGUGUCAACAAAGCAUCUGCCGUUGCCUUGGCGAGAAUGUCGACCCGAAGUGCGUGAACGGCGUCCCCGGCCAGUGCCAGUGUCGUCAGGAUCCGGUUAAGAAGUUCUACCGCCGCAUCGACAAGCAAGGAAACUUGUACUGUUCUGAAAACCAGUGCGACACCGCCACCAACAUGACCGGCAUCAAGAACGGACUUGACGUCGAUAUCCAAUGCAUGAACGGAAAGCUGAUCGUACCAGCCGGUUGGGAGAUCAUCGAAUCGGAGAACAGCAACACGGAAUAUAUCGUUCGGGACAUCAACGAGUGCGCCAAGAGCAACCCCUGCUGCGACGCGCAAAACUGCGAAGGCCCAGCCUGCGUCAAAUGCUUCAACACGCCCGGAAGCUACGAAUGCCGAGUCUCGACGACGAACGGCGACUUCAAGUGCGUCCCCGGGAAGUAUGACGCCAAGACUUGUCUAUGUGCUGAAGCCGUCUGCAACGUCAAGCAGGCUUGGUUCUACUCGUGCACCGGCUGUAACGUGACUUCCCGGACGUUCGCGAAUGAUAACCGACCGGUCUGCUCAAACAUCCUGAAGGAGGACCUCUCUGGCUUCCAGACGUUCAAGAGCUUGAAGGAGCUCUUGGCCCAUACUUGCGAUGCGUACCUGCUCGCUGGCCAGGGCUACUGUGCCAUGAAUUUGAAUGCCAACCCUGACGACGCCUCUCAACAUCCUACCUUCAAUUAUUACGGGGAAUGCAAUGAAUCCGCCGCGCCAAAGUGUGAAGCCGGCGUCACUCCAUCCCGUUCCCAGACGAUCAGCAGCCUGGCCAAGGAGUUGUACAUCUGCUACUACGCGCCGACCUACAAAUCGGGCGAACUCCCCGCCGGCGCCACCACGUCGAACGUAAUCAGCACGGUGAUGUGCCAGAACCAAUACUCGUCGAAGAACUGGGCCUUCCAGCAAGUCGGCCAGAAGCUGGAGCAGAAGAAGGUGAAGGGUUAUCUAAUUUGCAUCGUUUCUGGUGCCGAGACCCUGGAGAAACUCAUCUACAUCCUCGUGGUGGUUUUGGUUGUCGUCAUCAUCUUCUACGGCGGCUCCUUUGCCUUUAUAACAUUCCGGCACAACACUGUGGCUAUCGAGAGGGUCAGCAGAAAAACGCGCGAGAUGCACUUUCACUUUGCCAGGACGUUCUUUUUACAGCUGAUGAGUGCUGCCAUUCUCGCCGGCGUCCCAGUAACAAUCUAUUUGCUGAACACUUUUCAAUGGCUCAUUUUGCAGCCGUUUAUCACUACGCCGCGUAUCGAAGGGCGCUGGGGCGCGGCGUGCGAAGGUUGCUACGGAGAUGGGAAGGAAAAGUCACGAUCGUCGAGACCUCUAAUAUUACCGUCGUUACCACGCCAAGGC